AUGAAGCAACUUCGAAUUGUAUUUCUCGGAGCCGAGCAGGUCGGCAAAACAAGCACUAUUAAACAAUUUCUCUACGGCUCAUUUCAAGAAAUGACCGAAGCAACUCUCGGUGAAUGCUACAACGAGACUGUUUGCCUACCAAAUGGCAUCUGUCAACAAAUACAGAUUAUUGAUACAGCUGGCAGCGAUGAGUUUCCGGGCAUGACAGAUUUAAACAUCAGAAAUGGAGACUAUUUCGUCGUUGUGUAUGCAAUAGAGGAUCGCAACACUCUUGAUCACGCAUUAACAUUAUGUCAAAAAAUUAGACAUAUUAAAGGAAAGGAUUUCAACAGAAUAGUGCUAGUGGGAAAUAAGAUAGACUUGAAUAGUUCUAGACAAGUAACUACAGAAGAAGUCCUACAAAAAUCCAUAGCCGAUAAAAAUUUCUGGUUUACUGAAACCAGUGCCAAACUGAACUGCAAUAUUAGAUGUCUCUUCCAAAUCAUUUUAAGAAACUAUGUGAAAUCAGAUGACUUGUUCCGUAGAAAUGAAAAUACAAAAGUGACAAAAAGCAAGAACAUGAAUACAAAAGUAAUUCGUUCUAAAUCAAGAAAAACAUCUAUUCAAAAUCUUGUAUAUUCACUACAAGCCAAAGGAGAAUGGAAACGUAUAGUUUAA